AUGGACGUGAAAAAAAUUCUGUCAAAGUUUAAAAAGAAUUCAGAGCGUGGAUCACCAUCUCAGUCAACAUCUAGGAAAAGCGACGAGUCAUUUUUUGUGGAUGACGAGUACGAUCUGCUGUUCGACAGGCCGACCCUCUUGAACCGACUUCCACCAAGGAAGCUUUAUUGUCGCAAGGAACAGGAAGACUUUUCAUACUGGGAUGAUGACAAUAGCCAGAGCACUUCAUCGACUCGCUCGCUCUGCUCAAGCUCUCCUAACAGCAACACCCGGAGUGGGAAAACCGCCCAGGACGACCUUCCCCCGCUUCAGCCGCUACUCACCCAACACUUGAAGAAGAGUCCAAUAUUUCCUCCCAAACUCCCACAAUCUAGACCAAAAAACUUCACCCACCAUCUCAUAAGCGAGCAUCCUUGGGCACGAUACGUUACUGUCCGUGAACGUCCGUCCAUUCUGUCCGAGGACUGUGUCACAAGCUCUCUUCCACUUGAAGUUUAUCGCCACAUUCCCGAUAUGGGCUAUUUUUCGUAUGAAUUCGUACAGUCGCUGUUCCCUCGUUAUCACCAGCAGCCCAACUCCACUCAGCCACUUCCAAUCUUCGAGCUCAUGCGUCUCCAGGACGCUGUCGACUUUCGCAGGCAUUCGUUGAAGAUCAUUGACCAGCUCCAGAAUGGCACUUAUGUGGCGCGUCAGAAUAAUUUACCAGUGACCCCUUCAGGCUCAAUUGCAACAACUAUUCUUCCAAUUCCUUGGCACAGUACCCCAGUUCUUUAUCAAGUUGUGUCUCGAGAGCAAACACGAGAAUUCGUCUUCGUCACCCCUCCAACGGCACCUCAUCGCGUCUUUGGUCUUGUAUUGGAGGGUGAAGACACAAGUUUUCGCCCCUGCAAAGUCGCGUUUGAAAGUGUUCCUGAUGCAGUAAUUGUCUCUCCCAGAGUUCUACGGAGCUUAUCACGAACUAUGAAAAAGGAUGACAUCGUGCUUGCUGAUACUCGGGUCAAUGUCUCCACAGCGAUUCGCUUUUCCGAGUCGCCUGCCUCGGUGGAAGAUCAGCUCGCUCUGUGCAAGCUGGUCCGUCCAAUCAUCCCUUCCCAUCCGCAAGAGGGACUGCUGCCGUUGAAGAUUUUCGAUAUUCCUCGUGACGAUAGGGACUGGAUCGAUGACCGAAUUGGUAGAUUCACAAACUACUUCAAGAAUCCCCGAGAAGCCCACCACAAAAUGACCUCGCUGUUCAAUGUGGGCUGCUCUGCUCUGCUUGCCAUCGAAGGUAUGAACGACGACCAAUGCACAAGGAGACUGACAGCUACAGUACCCAGCCUCACUGCUUUUCCGAUUCGGUUCCACUUCACUUUGCACCUGGAGUCAGAAGUCGGCUGGACAGCGAAUCGCUCUGUGUUUUUGUGGAUAGUUGGUGCUGCUUCUGUUGUGCGCGUCUCCAUUCUGAGAACAAAAUUUGACCCUCAGAGAAGGACCCUCGACAUCCAACUCGUCUCUUCAGCUCGCCUCCACCGCUCUCUCAUGCAAUCGGUAAAUGAAUUCAGUUGGAAAGAGAAGGGUACCAUCUACAUUGACAUUUGUGUCAAGCUAGCCCGCCAGUGUGUCAAUCGGACAGUGCCAGUGUACCCGAUGCUCACCAAGCACAAGCUCUUCGAGAACAUCACGAGAAACAGGUGUACCCGAUGCUCACCAAGCACAAGCUCUUCGAGAACAUCACGAGAAACAGCGAAGUGUCGAGGAGCGCAGGUGCUCGAUGCGGUCUACAACAAUUUGUCCUCCUAUAAAAUAGCUGGUUCCGACUACAUGUAUGCUGACCGAACAGCAAAACGAAUCUCCUUGGAUGGCAAGUCCCUCGAACUUGGUUUCAGAUCAGGUGGCUGCUAUCCGACUAGGAUGUGA